GUCACAAAACCCCAAAACCACCCUCGCUAAAGGAUGUACGAAUUCUCUGUGCCCCCAAAUCUCACCCUUCUCUCACGGGCACAGACACUCUCUCUGAGGCCACUACUACUACUUCCCGGAAAAAAAAAUCAGUUUUUUACUUGUUCUUCGUAUUUGUCUUUCGAGGGAAAAAUUGAGAGGAAAAGCAGGAAUCUUGAGGAAAUGUGGGAUUUUUGAAAGACCCGGACUGGGAUUGUGAUUGAUGGUCGGAUUUGUUGAUUGUUGCAGGUUUUAGGGGAUGCAGAGGCGAAAGGGGAUUCUGGGUAAGUGUAUUUUGGUGUGAAAUUACAAUGUGAGAGGCGAAUUUGGGGGUAGUGUGUGUGUAUGUGUUUGUGAUUUUGUGUGUGUGAGUGUGAUGAUGGUGGUGGCUGCGUUUUCUGGUGCAGCUUCAGCUCAAAACCCCAAAACCAGCUCACAAGGGGAGCCUCAAAUUAACACAAGGAGACCUCCAUUAUUGCCGUCUGAGAAGGACAAUAAUGGAGUUCACAAUAACCCUAAGAGACCCAAAGCUAGAGUGGUCUCUUCUAGAUACAUGUCCCCUUCUCCUUCAACUUCUUCUUCGAAUUCAUCCUCUGUGUCUUCCUCAUCCUCAAAGACUUCAACUUCCAGAAGAUUCCCAUCCCCUUUACUCUCCAGAAACUCGACUCCUUUCUCCACCGCGCCGCCUUCUUCCGGGCCCAAAAGGUCCGUUUCCGUCGACAGGAGGCGGCCGGCGGUUUCGAGGCCUCUAACACCCGAUCUCGAUCUGAAAGUGAAUAAUGGGAGUGAGAUUUCAGCUGCCACCAAGCUUCUGGUCACUUCUACUAGGAGUUUAUCUGUUUCCUUUCAAGGGGAGGCCUUUUCUUUGCCAAUUAGUAAGACUAAGGUAGCUCCCCCUUCGCCUAAUUUGAGUAGUAUUAGGAAGAAUACGCCCGAGAGGAGGAGGACCACUACUCCUCUGAGAGGGAAGCCCGAUGGGGGAGGAGAUCAGGUGGAGAAUUCUAGGCCCCUUGAUCAGCACCGAUGGCCUGCGAGGUCUAGGCAAGCAAAUCCGUUGUCGAGGAGUUUAAACUGUAGUGAUGCAGAGAGGAACAAGCUUAUUGGAUCUGGGAUUCGGGUACUUCAGCACUCUAUGAUGGAUGAGAGAAGGGUUUCACUUGAUAGCAGACUGAGUAUCGAUUUGGGAAAUGCUGAGCCAUUAAAAGCUGCUCAACGUGGUUUCGAUGAAAAUUCAGUAAAUAACGAGUCUUCUGUGCCUUCUGAUCGCACUGCAUCUGAUACUGAUAGUGUUUCUUCUGGUAGUACUUCGGGAAUGCAAGAGAGCGGUGGAAGUGGAACUUCCCGUGGGCCUACAGCACCCCGAGGAAUCGUUGUUUCGGCUAGGUUUUGGCAAGAAACAAAUACUAGGUUGAGGAGGUUACAGGAUCCAGGCUCACCAUUAUCCACGAGUCCGGGGUCGAAGUUGAUUGUGCCACCAAAACUGCGAAAGUACCCAAGUGAUGUCCCGGCUUCCUUGCAACGAACCAUUUCAUCGCCUAUUCGUGGUGGCAUUAGGCCUGCUUCUCCAAGUAAGUUGGGGACACCGGUGGGUUCACGGUCAUCUCCCUCGCGAGGAAUGCCUAGUCCAAGUCGCGUGAGAAACGCUGUUAGUACCAUUAGCAAUAAUUUCGUCGAGACACCUUCAGUUCUUAGUUUUGCUGUGGAUGUUCGGAGGGGGAAGGUAGGGGAAAACCGAAUCGUUGACGCUCACCUGUUGCGACUUCUUUAUAAUCGACACUUGCAAUGGCGCUUUGUAAAUGCUAGGACAGAAGCAGCCUUGCAUGUGCAGAUGCACACUGCACAGAAAACUCUUUGGAAUGCUUGGAUCAAAAUCUCAGAUUUGCGUGAUAUAGUCACCAAAAAACGACACAGGUUGCAAUUGCUGAAACAAAAAUUGAAGCUAGCAUCUAUUCUUAAGGGACAAAUAUCCUAUUUAGAAGAUUGGGCUUCCUUGGAUAAAGAACAUUCUGUUGCUUUAAUGGGUGGUAUUGAAGCUUUGAAAGCUAGCACUCUACGUCUUCCUGUUCUUGCCGGAGCAAUUGUUGACAUUCAAAGCUUGAAGGAAGCUAUUGGUUCAACAGUUGAUGUGAUGCAAGCAUUGGUAACCUCAGUCUGUUCGCUUUUGGCAAAGGUAGAAGAAGCGAAUAUUUUGGUAAUUGAACUGGCUAAAAUAACUGCAAAGGAGCGGGUUUUACUAGAACAAUGCAAAGAUUUCUUGUCUAUGGUAGCAACGAUGCAGGUUAAGGAUUGUAGUUUGAGAACACAUGUAUUACAACAUCGACGUGUAUCAACAGCCUGACAAAGACCUCUGUAGAUCUGAUCUUCAUUUGACCGACUCUAAAUUCUAACACCGCAUCAAACCUUUCAACCCGGUGGAGGUGUCAUUUCGGAGUUGCACCAAACAACUAAUUUUGGCUUCUCAUCGCCAUUUUUGGAACACGUCUCUUCCCCUUGCAUGACAUGUACUUCUACACCCGAAUAUUCUGCAAGCGAUUUUCCUUCUCACUAAUCUCUGUAUACGCGAUCUAACGUAUCCCUAAUUCCUGCUAUCAACUGUCUAGUAAAAAGGAAGAAAACUGAUGUGUAUAUAUGUACAAUUCUAUUUAGAAUGUUACCUAGUGGAGAAUUGCCAGUGUUCUUCUUGAGCACUUUCCUUUGCUUCCUGCAAGUUAUCUUUUUAAUUGCAUUUCUGGCUAAUAUGAUGAAACUAUUCUUU